AUGCAAGCCCUGGAUGAGCUCGAGUCUGCGACUCAUCCCACGCUGCGAGAGAAAGUAGAGACGGCUAGGAUCCUUACCAAGGGUUUCGAUGAACAGCCCAAGGACUACGACAACGAGACCAUUGCCAUCCUCCUCCAUGCAUACAACCACAGUGAUUAUAAUCCGUGGCUUCAGACGAGCCUUGUUCCGUUGGCGGAGGCAUUGAAACUCUCCACAUUUGACACGGUCCGGAACUUGGAUAUCGACGGAUGCUACAAUUUGCUCGUGGCAUUCAAAAAGAAGUGGCUGAUUUGCAACCCGCAUUGUGUUGCUGCCGUUCGGUCCUACCUUCAGGAUGGAACCAUUGUUGACAGCGAGUUCUCGACCAACAACAUCCACUUCAGCAAGGAAUACAACCUCGAGACAAUGCAUGCUCUACUUGGAAUCUAUCUCGACCUGGUCCCAGAGGAUCUUACAGGCAUGGUUCGUCGGACGAAGAAUUCAAGUUUGCCCACCUGGGGCAAUGCGCUCCCCUUGGUCGGCUACAACAACGGAGCCCCAGCUGAACCUGCUCCUGGCAGCUUUGCGUUCGGCGGCGCAGAGAUAGUCCCUCAAUGGUAUGGCAAUCAAAACUUUGAGGAGGAAACGUGUACCGAUGCAUUGCUCCUGCCCGCGGAAGGGGACCAAAACCAGGCCGAACCAUCCACUGGUCCUAUGGAUGGUUAG